GAAGAGGAGGAGAAAAGGGAAGAGAGACCCGGGCUUGACCCUUCGCUGCGGCGGCGGGGCGGGACCGGGGACGCUUGGGGGCUCUGGUUGCUUAGGCUCCGAUCCGUACUGUUCUGCUCGGCCCGGCCCGGCCCGAUUCGGCUGGGCUGGGCUCAGCCGGCCCAGCCAGCAGAAUGACCACCUUUUCUGUGAUGAAAAUUUUGUGCCAAGCAACCAGAAAUGAGAAUAGAUCUGCAAAAAGAUUCUUUGGUACUCUCCUGACACAAACACCACAGAAGAGGUUCUUUUCUCCAUACUGGAUGGUGGUACCAGAGCCUAGAAAGUCAGGAGUGUUUGGACUUACUCAGCCAUUUUGCACAGCUGAAAAAUCCCCCACGGAGCCAAAAAAGAAAGCAGCGUUUGGAAGUGUUGGGCGAAGAAUCCCCCAUCGGAUUUUGCAUUUAAUCAACCAGGAGGGAGAGAGCUUAGGAAAUAUGCAUCGAGCAGAGGCACUCAAACUUAUGGAUCAACAUGAUCUGAAACUGGUUCUCCUUCAGGAGAAUGCAGAACCUCCUGUGUACAGACUAAUGACUGGGCAGCAGAUUCAUGAAGAACAGCUUAAACGUGCAGAGAAGAAAAAAGGAAGUCCCAAACCAGGAGUAGUUCAGAAGGAGUUAUCCUUUUCUUCAGCUAUUGCCAAGAAUGACUUAGAAACCAAGACUAAACAGAUAGCACAUUGGAUUGAGAAGAAAUACCACGUUAAAGUUACCAUCCGGCAAGCAAAAGAUAGCAACACAGACAUGUUCAUGGUUUUUGAUCAGAUUUUGGAGACUGUCUCUGAGAAAGCCACUUACCUUUCCAAGCCAAAAGUUACCAGAGAAGGAGUGAGUACCUGUACUUUGAGACACAUGUCUGAAAAAGAGUUGAAAGCACACCAGAAAAUGGAAAAACAGAAAGCUGGUACAGUGAAGAAAGAUGAAAAUGAAGACCUGAAGACAAGUGAGUUGCAUCAGUGACUUUAUGGAAAGUUGUAAACAAUAAUAAUUUCUUAUUUAAAAAUAAACAGACUAUAAACUUAAAAUUA